GUGUGUGUGUGUCGGUCCGGCAAGAUGUCGCUGACAGGAUUUCCGGUAGCGGAAGAUUUGUCGAUACGGAAUAUCGUGUUGGGUGACUGAGGAGAAUUGAGUCGAUGCGCGACAAAUUCCAUCGAAUAUCGGUAUGACGGAAGUGGACGUAGUGGUGUUGGACGAUCCCGUCGUCCCGAAGGAGGAGGUGGCGCACUUCCUGGCGCCGGCUAUCCAGCACAAUCCGGACGGCUGGGGCCCGUGCGAGCUGCCGGAUCAAUUUAAGGACAUUCCUUACCAGCCAUUUUCGAAAGGCGACAGGUUGGGCAAGAUCUCCGACUGGACGACACCGGCCUUCCAGGAUAAAAAGUUUCCAAACAAAUAUACAUCACAAUUUGGUUCUGGCAGUCAGUAUGCUUAUUAUCACGAUGAAGACGAGACCACUUUCCACCUGGUGGACACAACCCGCGUACAGAAACCGCCGUAUCAACGUGGCCGUUUCCGUCACAAUCAACGCAACUUACGCGGUCGUGGCGGACAACGCGGUGGGUUGAGUCAAAUGCAGCAGCUAGGGAAGCUCAAGUUGCGAGAACGAGAGCGUAAGGGACAAGCAAAGCGCUGGGGUAGACAACAAGGUCUGCGUAAUCACAAGAAUCAACCGCCCAUUAAGAUUCGAGAUGCUUCCGUAACGGUACGACCUGACUGGCUCACCAUCGAGGAGAUGGACUUCCCGCGAUUGGCUAAACUCUCGUUGCCGGGCGUGAAAGAUGGCGAGGAUAUACUAUGCUGCGGCUCGCUCGAGUAUUAUGACAAGACGUAUGACCGCGUGAAUGUCAAGAGCGAGAAGCCGCUGCAGAGAAUCGAUCGUAUCUUCCACACGGUGACGACCACCGACGAUCCGAUUGUCCGUAAGCUGUCGAAGACCGAGGGCAACGUUUAUGCCACCGACGCGAUCUUGGCCACCAUCAUGUGUUGCACGCGCAGCAACUAUUCGUGGGACAUCGUCAUCGAGAAGAUCGGCGACAAACUGUUCUUCGACAAGCGCGACAACACCGAGUUUGACCUGUUGACCGUGAACGAGACGAGUGUCGAGCCGCCGCAGGAUGACGGUAACUCGCUGAACUCACCGAGAAACCUCGCCCUCGAGGCGACUUUCAUCAAUCACAAUUUCUCACAGCAAGUGCUCAAGUCGAACGAGCCGCGCUACAAGUUCGAGGAGGGCAACCCCUUUAUCUCGGAGGAAGAGGAGAGCGAUGUGGCCAGCGUGGCUUAUCGUUAUCGCAAAUGGGACCUCAAUAACGGCAUCGUACUCGUCGCUCGAUGCGAGCACGAUGCCGUGAUGCAAGGCCCAAACAACGAGAAUCAAUUUCUCACUAUCAAGGCGUUGAACGAGUGGGACUCGAAGCUGGCUAAUGGAGUCGAGUGGCGUCAGAAGCUGGACACGCAACGUGGCGCAGUUUUGGCUAACGAAUUACGUAAUAACGCCUGCAAACUCGCCAAGUGGACGGUUCAGGCGUUGCUCGCUGGCUCAGAUCAACUGAAAUUCGGAUACGUCUCACGUGCUAUUGUACGAGAUUCUAGCAAGCAUGUGAUUCUCGGCACGCAGCAGUACAAACCGAACGAGUUUGCGACGCAGAUCAAUCUUAACAUGGACAACGCGUGGGGUAUCUUGAGAUGUAUCAUUGAUAUUUGCAUGAAGCAGAAGGACGGCAAGUAUUUGAUAAUGAAGGAUCCGAAUAAGCCUAUGAUUCGUUUAUACGAUAUUCCUGAUAAUACUUUCGAGAGCGAGGGUGAAGAGGAUGAGGACGACGAUGAGCCUGUUAAUGACGCGUUUCAGAGUUAACAGCAACAACGCUAAUUACACACUCAUCGUUAAUUGAUAAUCGUGCGAUUGAUCGACGAUUUUAUCUGAAUCUUUGUAAAGACACGGGAAGAGUAUUCUUACAAAGAAAAUAAAUGAAAUUUAAACAUAUACUAAUA